GCUCACAAUUUGUUAUUGUUUUUUGCAAAUUGCUUACGCUCUCUCACGUAUAACUGAGGAAAACGCACCGUAUUACGGGUUAAAAUUAUUAAAACGAGGGUUUUCGUGUUUUUUACGAAACCUCAUUGGUUUUCUUUAGUAAGGGCCAAGUGAAUCAAAGACAAGGAUCAAUCAAAACCACCUGUAGCGCCCCGAACGUGACACGCACGCCCGAUAGCGGAUGGCAACAACAUAAUAAUUCUUGCUAGCAGCUGUUUUCGUUGGCAAAGAAUUUCCACAGUGAUUUUUACUUUUUCAGUUAUAAGAUCACGUAUCAAAAGUAUGUUAAGGUGGCUAGCAUUAGUUCUUACGCUGUUACUUUCUGUCCAAGCUGGAGAAGACUGGAAUGGAGCAUGGUUUCCCAACGCACCGAAAGCACUAGCCCUGGAGGCUGGCGAAACAAUGAAACCCGUCGAUAAUGCACUUCCGGAGGUCGACAUCGCCAAAGAGAAAAAGUCCCCAACGCGCAUUAUGAUGGGAAUCGAGAAUGCGGAUUGUGAUGACGCAAAGCACGGUCUGGCAAUAGAUUUCGACCCGUACAAUGUGACGCACUCUACGGUGUACAUGUGCCUGGAGCCAAAGGCAGACUACAAGGGCGAUUACAAUAUGGACGCUGUUAUCACCGAGCGCAAUGUGCCGGCUGCGUACGUGGCCAACCAUAAGUGCAUGAACAGCAGCAUAGAAUAUGCGGAAAGGAUUCCUUCCUAUGGAACGCAUCGUCCGCUCUGGCCGAGGUAUGGGGAGUACCGAUACGUUCCUCCGCAGCGAUGGCUGCACAACAGCGAGCAUGGCGCAGUAAUUGCUCUCUAUCAUCCAUGUGCAAACAAGCAACAGGUAGAUGAAUUGAAGCACAUUGUGAAGGAAUGCCUGUAUCGGCAUGUGAUAACACCUUCCCAGCUACCCAACAAGGACCGUCCGUUUGCACUCGUCACGUGGCACGCAACGCUAGAGUUUUCCGUGCUUGAGCGAACCAUCGUUGAAGCUUUUAUCGAAAAGUAUGCUCUCAAGGGCCCGGAACAAACACACCGCGACGGACAGUACGAUCAUCUGCUGGUGGAUCCGGCCAAAGUCGUCUCAACUGAGGAUGAUAGUGUGCUGUGCCCCAAGAAGCAGCGUGACUAAUGUUUGAUCAGAACAGAGCACACAUUCCUUGCCAUUUGCAGAUUUUACAAAACUUUUUAAAUCGAUGUACGUUCCUAUGUGAUAUCUAUAUUUUAAAACCGACGGUGCACAGUGCAUAACGAAUCCGAUCUGAAGGGCUAAAUGCGAACAUAUUGCAAUAUUCUAUACCUAUACAAAUAAAAGAGGCAGUUUGAAGGAAUAUUAAA